AUGAACUUCCUCGGCAACGCCGCGACUGGUGUGCAGAAACGGCGCCAAGAGCCCAUCCUCGAGGCCACGCUCGAAGAGUUCGAGGCGGAGGUCCAGAGGCCUAGUGCCGGCUGGGCCGUUCUGGCCGGCGCUGGUGGCGGACCGCAACUGCUUUACCGCCAAGCCAAGUCUGGCUCCGAGCUCCGGGGGUCCCUGGCUUUGGCAGUGCCUGCAAGCCUUGCACUGGAGCGACUCUACAGUGGAGCCUUCCUGCAGUCGCUGUUCCCUCGCUUGGGCCUACAGGUCUCGGAGCCCGAGCACGACUGCAGCUCCUGCAGCCUGCUCCGCGUGGAAGGCGGUGGGUUGGAGCUGCUUCGCUGGCGGCGUCUUCGGGUGCACCCGGAUGGCCGUGCGGUGUGCUGGUUUCAGCCGGCAAAGGAGACCCAUGAGAAGAAAAGCAGAGGACGGAGCUUCGGCUGGUUUCCCAAGCACUCGGGCCUAGCCGACUUGGUGGGGCUUGCAGAGGUGGCCUGUGGCUUCUUGGUGCAGCCGGUGCUGCCGGAGAGCUGCAAACUCCUCUGGCACGCAAAGCUCGCGAGGAGCGGCUUCAUGCUCAAAGCGGCCUUGGCCAGCCUUUGCGCGGGUCCCUUGCGGAGGUUAGCUCGGGACCUCUCCGCCGAGCCGCCGAAGGGCGAGGUUUCGGCCGAAAGAGCGGAGGCCGCAGAGGAGGAGGAUGGAAGAGCUGAGCCCUGCGAUGCCCGAAUGAGCGUGCAGCACCAGGAGGCACGUGAGGAGGAGGAAGAGGAGGAGGAGGAGGAGGAGGAAGACGAGGAGAGUGAAUCUGACAAGGCCUUGUCCGAUAAGGACGACGAGGAGGACCGAGAGCUGUGCACCACUGGGCAAGAGGACGCAGCAAGCCUGGAACCCGAAAGUGUGGCAUCCGCGGAGGAGUUGAGCAACGUUAGCCAAGGCAUCCUGGAGCUUUUGGAAGAGUUGCAGAUGGCUCAGGAGACCGAGGAACCGACGAUCUCGGGAUCGGAGCUGGGAAACUCGGCCAAUCACGCCCUCGCCAAGGAGUGCAAGCAUGAGCUGGAUGGCGAGGAUGGAUCUUUAGACAUUUCAGACCGGAGCGGACCUCCCAGCUCGCGGCCACUGAAAAUCCCUUUGCGGUUUCGGGGCCAGUGCAAAGUGUCGCAGUGGUUCCGGCAGCGGCGACGGAAGCGCAUGCGAUUCCCGGAGCCCAGACUGUCUGUGGAGCUCCCACAGAACGAAGAGAAGGAGAGAUCCGAGGAGGUGACCACAGGAGCCGAGCCUUCAACCUUCCUGGGAACGGCCCCUCGUGCUUCGGCCAUCCCGUGCUUGCGACGGCCCCGGCGAGCCGAAACCUCCCAGGGUCUUGCGGUGAAGGCCCAAGAGGUCGCCGUGGAGGAGGAAAAAUCGGCAGAUUCGGUGAAAAGUGCCGAAGAGCUUAGGGUUCCUUGCGACCUGGGGCCUUCUGCAGAUGCCGGUGCUCACACUGGCCCGCAAGCCUCGCCGAAACGGAGACGAAAGAAGCCGAAGCACCAGAGCUGGAUGUCGGUGCCCGCAGAGGCUUCAGAUGCUAUUUCCGGCUUGGCCGACUGGCUGCUCAGCCUCCAGGAUUCCAUAGAAAGGGACGUCAAAGUGAUGGAUGUUCCGCAGCUUGCGGAUUUCUUCGGGCCUUCGACUGCGCAGCCUCUGCAAACACUGCGAGGAAGAGGCUCCGAGAAGCGCACUGGCAGCCAGUCGAGGAAACAGAAGUCGCGGGCAUUCUAA